AUGGUAGCACCUGGAAGUGUGAGACCAUUGAAUCGCCGGCUGUCAGAAUCAUACGCUACUCCGACAUCUCUACUCGCCGAAAGAAUGAAAUCCUACACGCUUGUAUUCGUUGUUCUCACGACCAUCCUCCUCUACACUGAAUAUGCCAAUACGCAGGAAAUAUGUCAUCAAGAGAACUGUGUUGUGCCCGAUCACUGUGACACGUUUGCAGGAGGUGAAAACUUAUGCUAUCAACAGGGUACAUCGUGCUGCAGCGUAGUUAAGUCAGAGUUCAGAACUCAUUGCCGUCACUAUGGUGGAAUCUGCAUGGACAAAUGUAAUCCGACCCUGCAACACAACACAAUUGAUUGUGACAAUCAAGUCUGUUGCGUUUUGGUUUAGAUAAAACUAACUAAUACAUAGUAUCCAAAUCCAUAAUCUCAUCCUGAUCAUAACU